AUGAAACAAAACUUGAAGGCUUUUUUCAGUCCUAAGACAUUAUACUUUGUAUGUGGUAAAGUUUACAAAGAUACUAGCUAUGCCAAUCGAAUAGUUCACUGGUUUGUUCAACACAAACUACCGGUAAUUCCGAUAACUCCGUCAAAUGGUAUCGUGGAUCUUCAACUCGAUUCAAUAACCAAAAAAGAAACCAAGCUAACUCAUUUGGAUAUUUUCUCCUCAAUUAAUGAUGCCUUGACAGAAGUUAAUGAACAGAAUUUGAUUCGAAAUUUUGAUAGUAUAAGCGUUUGUUUUGUCACCAGACCUAUUAUAACCUUAGGUAUACUGAAAGAAUUGCCUUCCAUCACUUCCUCUUUUAAAUUACCCAUUAACAGUUGCUGGUUUCAACCUGGAUCUUGGAAUAUGGACUGUAUAAAAUAUUCAGAAAAGGUUUUGCAACUUGGCGAAGAAAAAACCAUCAAUGAUUGUGUAUUAGUCAACGGGUCUGCAAAUUAUUGUAAAAGUGAAUAUGGUGAAUUAGGGUUAAAGAAACUAAAAACACAAAAUUAA